AGGUUUCUCAUGGAGAAAUUUGAGUCAGGUGGCAGAGAUGCAGAGGAUGACCUGGCUCACAGUCAACCUCUAAAAAUCCCCAAAACAGAAGUUCCUGAAGGAAUACAACAGGCACGGAAAGCAGCCAUUGAGAAAGCAGCUCAAGAAAAUGCAGUGUGUACCGAAGGACCCAGUACCUCCUCCAGAACCUCUUAUAAGCCUUCUUUGGUGGUCAAGCCAUUAGCUUGUGACGAGACAGAGAAUAAACAGAAGCAACCACAUCUGAAUACAGUGGCACAAGUGUUUGGUGUUUAUCUUCAACCAGUAAACAGAGAAAACAAUGAAAAAUCUGAAUGCACUAAAUUCCCCAUCAAAACCAGUUGCCCAGCAAAAGAAGACCCAAAGCCUCAACAUCCAAAACCCGCAAGGAACAAGUUCCCCAGCUCUGUUCCUCCUAGUAAAGAAAAAAAUACUCUGGGAGCAAAACCAAAAUCAGAUUUGGCAUCACAGAAGAGUGAGGCAAGAACAGCAUCUUCAAAAGUAAGUGUAAUUAAAGAAAAGUUAAUGCCUGCAGCACAAGAAAAUGUGCCCAAGCCUUCUCUAUUUAAAAAACCUUCUUUUAACACCGAAGUCUCUAACAAUAAAUACACUUCCAAUAAAUGUGAUUCUCUUCAAAGUAGGCUGUCAGGCCCAAGAACAAACACACAUUCACUUAUGAAAGUAAAGGAAAUGGGUGAAAAUAACUCAGCUGCAGAAGCUGCAGGCAGUCAUCUUCCUAAAAUAGGUCUGCAGCCUGCUGGCCACUCGCAGACCUCACUUCAAGGCACCUUCAGAAACGUGAAACAAGAGACUGAAGAAAAGGCAAUGAGUGUUAUCAAGACCACCGUUCCCAAGAAAGUCAUCCAGGAAGGAUCAGAUUCUCCUCAUAAGUUUUGUAAGACCAAUACAGCACUUGGUGCAGUAAGGUCAUCAGAUAAAACACAAAAGAAAGGAGAUGGUGCUCCCAGACCCAGGCAGAGAGUCUUGGCCCCAGAGUUCAAGACAUCCACAUGCCCAGCAAAGCCCAGCAGACCUCCAAGUGUGGAACUGCAAGGAUACCAGAGGAGGGGCCCAAAAAAGACAAGCAAAAGUGUCAAACUGACAGGAUCUUUCUUAUCUGCCUCACUGGCACCUCUACAAGAUCGCGGUACACAGUUUCCAUCCCCUAAACCAAUCUCUCACCCAGACCUGGAGGUUAUGGAAGCUCCCAGUCUGCCUCCCAGAAACAUCAAGCCCAGCUCUGCAAUAAGAAAUCCAGAAAAUGAAGAAAAUUAUGAUGAUGUGGAAUUUGUUUCACAGGGUCAUGGAAGUACACAGGGGGACCAAGAAGGUGAUGUAGAGAUGUAUGAAGACAUAAAUGACAUCAGAUCAUCAAGGGAAAAAGAGAAGAAGCAGAACAAAGAAGAUAAGAGAAGAAUGGAGCAGGAGAAAAGAGAACAAAAGGAAAAAGAAAAGAAAGAACUGGAAUUAAGGAAGAAGUUCAAAUUAGUGGGACCCAUUGAAGUUCUUCAUCAGGCACGAGCCUGUGUUGACUACAAGGGAGGGAAGAAUGAACUGACUGUCAAACAGGGGGAUAAGAUUGAAAUCAUUCGCCUCACAGACAACCCAGAAGGAAAGUGGCUCGGUAGAAUAGGAGGAUGCUGUGGAUACAUUAAAACAACCAUGGUAGAGAUUGAUUAUGAUUCUUUGAAAAGAAAGCAACAAACACCUACUGGAGCUGAUGUGAAAUUUUCAGAGAGUGACAUGGAAGUGUAUGAUGAUGUUGGACAGGAGGAGAGCUCAACGAGCCUGAGCGCUGACAGUAGUGGAGCUGGAAAUGUGUUCCCAUUUCCUCUGCCUCCUUCCAAUGAAGAUAUUUAUGAUGAAAUUGGUGAUGGAGAGCCCAUAGCAAGGUCUGUAUCACAGGAUGAAGAUAAGAAUGGUAUCUGGUCCUGGGGAAUCUUGAAGAGGCUAAAGGUCAAAGAUGACAAAAAGAAAAGUAUACGAGAAAAAACAACCAAAGGCAAUGGGGCAGAAGAUGAUGGAAAUUUGUUCACAUCUUCUUCAACAAACCUGUCUGGAAAAGAUUGUGGAGAGGAUGUGUACGAUGACGUGGAUUCUUCAGACUUUCCUCCACCACCGCCUGAUGCUAUUUCAUUGAAUCUAGAAAGCUUUGGAAAAAGGAAAUUGGAUGAAGAAGAUGUACAAAAGCAUAAGAAGAUGGAAAAAGAAGAGAAACAAUUCAAAGUAACUUUUUUUUUUUUCCAGCAUGUAGGUGAAAUAAAAGUUCUUUUCUCUACUACCACAAUUCAGAAUUUGCCUAAAAGAAAAUGGGGAUCUAAAGAAUUACAUAUUAAACCGGGAGAGUCUCUUGAUAUUAUAGAGAGUACAGAUGACACCAAAGUCCUGUGCCGUAACAAAGAGGGAAAAUAUGGUUAUGUCUUGAGAAGCAAUUUAGUUCAAAACGAUGAAGAGAUAUAUGACAACGUUUUUGAGGAAAUAUGAUCUAUCUAUGAUAACAACUCAGAUCCAUGAUUCUGUUGAACUAACAACUUAAAUGAAGAUCACCUCUAGUUUGGACUCCUGCUUGUGGAAGCCUAAUUUACACCCCUGUAAAUGCAGAAUUAACUUUUCUUAGGAGUUCAGCCUUUAGUCCUGCACUGCUUUGAACUACAUUGCAUUGCAUUGCAUUGCAUUUAUCUGAGCCAUUAAAAUUCCCAUUAUUGAUGGCUUAAAUACAAUUAAAUACAUUUCAAAUGCAUCUCAGAGGAGGGAUAUGGGGAUAUAAAAAAAAAAUUAACUGUGGAGAUAAUAACCUAGAGACUACUUUUGUACUGUAUUUAAACAUACUGAUAAAA